AUGAGUACAGCAACUAUUUCCGAUCAACUAGUACUGACUACUGAGGCAUUCCUUCUUACUUUCAACGUCGAUCGAGCCCAAUGUCUCCCAUACAGUCGAUUCAAGAAUUCUACUCUUAGCAAUUUGGAGAGCAUAACAAUCAUCAACAUUACUGGUAUAGGACAAUUAACCGAUAUAUUUUUAAGCCUACUACUAAAAAAUUGUCCUAAAAUAGCGACUUUGAUCUGUGAUGGAUGUAACAACUUAACAGAUGCUGUAUUUCAGUCAUUAAUUGAAUAUUGCCAGGAUCUAACGACUAUUAGCUUCAAUUAUUGCCCAAAAUUAACGCAUAAGGCACUACAGAUAUUAGGCAAUUCAACAUUAAAGCUCAAGAGUGCGUCAUUUGUAUCUUGUAAUAUCAUAUACAUCCCCUCAAAUUUUGUCACAUCAAUAGCUAAUCAAGAUGGAGCUUACGAUUUGAAAGGAAAUCCAAUCCUAAAUAUCGAUCAUAAAUAUUUGAAGUGUGUCAAUGUCAAUUCUAUCGAGGAUAAAAUAUUCAAAAAUGUUCAUAAACAGGAUAUUAGUUUUAGAAUUAAUGUUAUUGGCAAUCGUGGAGUUGGAAAAUCAACCUUUAUAGCAAAUUUAUUGUCUUUUGCUAAGCAAACAUCCAAAGAUACCAAUAGCAAUCAUAUUCUUCAUCAAGAAAUUAACUCAAAUCUAACUAUCGAUUGGAAUAUAACAGAGUGCACAAGUCAGGCUAUGGCCUAUCUUGCAACGGAGGAGUGCCCUCUUAAUCUAAUUAUGUUUGAUUUGACAAACCCCGAAUUCUUACAUUGGUUAAAUCUCGUAAAUUAUAAGUGCCCAAAUAGUAUAACUAUUCUUGUUGGCACUCAUGCUGAAGAAUUUAAUGACGCCUCCAUGGAAUGUGAAUUAAUUUAUCAGAAAGUGGCAAACCCCAAAGAUAGCCCGAUAGAAGAUCACUUAUCGAAAGAUAAAUUGGAUCAGAUAUUGGCUUCAGCAGACUGGACUGAGGCAGUAGAUUCUGACCUUGAUAAUCAAAGAAAUGUGAAAGCUAUUUGCGAAUUAGCUAAAUCUUCGACAAAGAUUCACAAAAGCGUUUAUGCGGAAAUGGCAAAAAUUUUAGACACUUUCUUACAAUGUGGCAAAGAAAUUUUCGAUAAUCAAGCUCAGCCAUCCUAUUCAGUAUCGAAAGAUUAUGAAGAGCUCUAUGAAGAUAUCCUGAAUCUAUCCAAUCAAUAUCCUUACUUUCGAUUUUCUAAACUUCACUUGACCUUAUCGGAAAAAUAUGAAUCUACCAUGAAAAACAAUCUAUUGAAACCUAUACUAAAGCAUUUGCAUCUUCAGGGAAAGCUGUUCUUUUUAGACAACUUUGCUGAUCCAUUUGUUAUUUUUAAUAAGAGCUGGUUAAACCAAUGUCUUACUAGUAAUAUUCCUUACGAUCAACAUGUUGAUGAAACAUUCCAGAGAAAUAUUGACGAACUGCCAAUCAACACUGGAGCUUGUUAUAUAUCUUAUUUCAACUACGACGCUAUUAAUGAAAGUAACGGAAAGACAUAUACUGCAGAUUUGCCAGAUUCAUCGGGGCUAGACAUGGAAAACUGUUGGCCUACAGUAGAUGAAGCUGAAUUUAGCACUGAAAUCAAGUAUACGAUUUGGAACCUUCCUGUGAUAGUGUUAAAUCCUUUACUGGAUAAAGCUAUAGCACAGUGUUGUCGAUUAGCUACUAAUAUAAUUUUAUCCUGGAAAGAAGGAGUACUCUUGCGAUGUGGUCAUAUUCAAUGUCUAAUUAUAAGAAAAGAUAACAGUAAAAUCUUGGAAGAUAAAAAUAUGACUUUGCAGUUAUUUGCAAAAUGUUAUGAUAUCGAUGACAAAGAAGAAAUAUGCCAAGAAAGUUUCUGGAAUGUCGUAUUGGAUUUGGGAUUAUGUAUCGAAGCAGUUCUGCAUACUUCAAAGUUGAUAGUCAAGAAAGAAGUAGCUUGUCCUAAUUGCGUUAAAAAUACAACAUCGAAAAUGCACUACCUUGGUAUUAAUGAAGUCAAGCAAACUCUGGCAAGCAAUUCUGGUAAAGAAUUAGUUUGUCAACAACAGAACAAGAGUAUUUCUGUCCGUGAUAUACAAUAUUUUGUCAAUGGCAAAUCAUCAUUUUGCGUAGGCCAUCGAUUAAGUUAUUCUAAUGAUACUUUAGGCUGUACACUGUGCAAAAGAUAUCCGAAUUCCCUUAUACCAGUGCUUUGUUGUCAAGACUGUGGUCGAUGUCAUCGCUGUCUUACCGACUUUAAAGUAUUAAUGGAAAGUUUAGAAUGUAAAAAACUAAUUAAUCGCUCGUUCUGGAGCGAAACUAGCAAUAUUAUAAGCAUUGGCUCUGUUUUACAAGCCUGUGGUGAAUAUGCUUGCAGUGCUAUUGGUGCAGUCUCACUAGACACAAUCUAUCCAAAUAAAUUUGAAUUUUCAGUGGAUGCGCCGUUGUCUUCCGUCUUUUACUUCUAUUUUGGCUUAGUAUCGGAGCAUCAUGAUAGUAGAUUACCUCCAGGAUUUACUGAUAAAUCUAUUGGCUUCUCUUUAAUCGAUAAUAAACUUUUUAUUAACGCUAAAGAAACCGAUUACAGUCACCAUGAUACAUCAUUUCAAUUGGGAUCACAUAAUAAACUUUCUUGUUGUUUAGAUCGGAUAUCACAAACUGAGGUUCGCGUAUCAUUCGUAGUGGACAGUAUCAUUAUCGCAUCUUUUGUGCAUGAAUAUCACAAUCAAGGGUAUUACCCAAUGAUAUUUUGUUCUCAUGACUGUUCUCGAUUAUUUAUUCAUUCAACUAUACCUGCAAUUGACCAAGUAGGAAAGCGAGCUGCUAUACCGGUAUCAAAAAGGAAAAAUUAUGUUGAUAUUGGUGUAGUUAUUAAAGACUACAGCAAAUUGAAUACCAAUUAUAUAGCAUCUUCGAUUGGAGAGAUUGUUCAUAUAUUAGAAAAGACAAAUAAUGACCACUAUAAAGCGAAAAAUUUAUCUGAACAGAGCGGUUUAAUUCCUAUAGACUGCAUCAAGAAAAUAUUGGCCAUUGAGAAAGCUAGCUUACAAAAAGGAGAUUGGAUAGAAUUUUUUGAUGCAGCUGAUAAAAGCAAUGCUGAGGUCCACAUCCUUCAAGUGAGUGCUGUUAAAUUGCAAGAAAUUGAUGUUGAAAUCCAAGUAGACUUGCAAAAAAAAGAGAAGCGAACGAUUCCUAUUGACAGUCCUAAUAUCCAUCCACUUGGAUGGGCUCUCUCAACAAAAUAUGAAGUCACUUCACCUACAGGUUAUGUCUCCAAACUUACUAACGCUAUUAGUGACGGUAAACUCUAUUAUAAGGGUCAACGAGUUGAAAUAAAGUAUUCCAGUAGUUGGUAUAAAGGAACUGUGUUAAAGACGAGAUAUUGCGAUACAUUCAAGAUUCAUUACGAUGGCUGGCAAGAUUCUUAUGAUGAGACGAUAAGUCGAGAAGUAUUAAGGGGUAGAGAUAAGACAGCAAUUUCACCCGAUACUCCUAUUAAAGUUGGCGAUAAGGUGGAGGCUAAGUGGCAUUCUACUUGGUAUAAAGCAACAAUUUUGCAGUGUUUCGAGAAAGAACAGGCAGCCUUCGUUAGAUAUGAUGGUUAUAGCUCCAGCUGGGAUACUUGGUUCUCCGGUGAUAGUCUUAAACCGUUAAAAUCAAAGGAUGAUAGCGAAGAGCGUAAAGGAAAACCAUUAAAUCUUAUUGAAUGUAUACAAGCUGAAAAUGGACGUCCAGCUCCGUGCUACGCCUUUAAUGAGGAGCAAAUAAGAAUUAAUCCAAAAAACUAUCAAUCUUGUCGUAGUAUUCAAGGAAAUUACUCAGUGAUCGAGAGACUGUCAGAAAGAAACUUAGCUAUCGUUCUGAAAGAGAUACUGGAUGCUAGACGGUGGCAAUAUCCUAUUAUGAUGUUAACAUUACCAGAAUUUACUGAUUUAAUCCAAUUAAGCUGCCCUAUGCUGUCCCAGUUACAAUAUUGCCAAAGUUCAGUUGUUCACUGCUUAUGCUAUUCUCCAGGAUUUCAACGUGGAAUAUCUCCGGCAUUAGACCUGCAUUUUCUUGCUAAGGAAGGUGAUAAACUGGCUAAGAAAAUUAAUUUUUUAAAUCCUAGCCAAGAAGAUGCUCCUCUUCUGUGGUUUAUAACGACCCUUUGCAAAACUUCUGCAAUGGAUUUAGUUGCCAGUACUGACGUUGCUGAUGCGUUAGUAGGUACUAGCCUGGGACAAAACCCUGGUUUAUCAUUUCAUCAAAUCCAAAGGGCAAUCAGGGAAACUAUUGAUAUGAUUAAAGCUCAAACCCAAUUUAGCAUGUAUUGCUACAAUUUAUUAGAUAGAGCUUCCCGGCUACGGAAGGAAAUCAAAGACAGCAUUAUGGAAAUAGCGGAAUAUUCACCACGAACUGCAGAUAAAUCUCAUAGCCUUUUAAACAAGUAUGAUACUGGAUAUGGGCGCAUUUUUGCAUGGAUUAGUAAAUUGAAAAAAUUAAAAUAUUUGAAUUUAUCCAACAAUAAAUUGACCGAUUUGCCCGACGAUUUCAAAGAUUGCAGUCGAAAUUUGCAGGAGUUAAAUCUUGCCAGCAAUUACUUAACAUCUUUACCUAAUUAUAUUGGCAGCUUUAUAAGCCUAUUGGAGCUUGAUCUUAGCUAUAAUCUCAUUUCAUCUUUACCCACCUCUCUAUGCCGAUUAACAUCGUUAAUAACCUUAAAUUUAGCAGGUCAUCAACUCAAAGUACUACCAUCGGGCUUAGAUCAGUUAUCAUUAUUGAAAAAUUUAAAUUUAAGUGGCAUGCCAGUCAUGGAGAUUACUGAAGCAUCGGUUUUACAUCGAAAUAACAUGAGGGUUACAUUAACCAAAGGUCAACCGAAUCGACCUGUUAACGGAUAUGAUAACGAUGAUUAUAUAGAUCUCUUUCAAGCUUGUGAUGAAGAUGGCAAUCAUGUUCUGGAUUAUCUAGAGUUAAAUAAGCUGAAUAACCUGCUAUUUACUAAAAUUGUCCGUUUGAACGAAAUGUUUGAUGAGAAUAAUGACAAUCAGCAAAAUGCAUGGCCAAUAUUGGGACUUAAGAAUCUGGAGAAUUUAACGCUAGAUUACUUGCCUAUAAGAUCAAUCCCUGAAGAUUUUGGAAACUGUUUAACCAAUUUGAAAACAUUAAGUUUACGCCAUUGCUUACUAUUGGAAUCGUUACCAGCAUCAUUAGGGGGAUUGCAUCUAACAAAGCUAGAAAUUGUUGGUACAGAAAAAAUGAGAACUCCGCCACCUGAAAUCACAGCUAGAGGAUUAAAUUCAGUGAUGGCCUACUUAAAGCGCUUAUCAUAUGGAUCAUCAGAAUGUAAGCGUACCAAACUUAUGAUGGUAGGACUUGGAGGAGCUGGCAAAACUAGUCUGUCUCGGUCGUUAAGAUCAGCUUCCUUUAGUGAUAAAACAACUGGUGAAGAAGCCAUUACUGAUGGAAUUGAUAUUGCCAUUUGGACUGUUGAAACACCUGAUAAACAAAAAAUUGAAUAUAGUUUAUGGGAUUUCGCAGGACAGACAUUAUAUUAUAAUACACAUCAGUUUUUCUUAUCCAAUCGUGCAGUGUACCUGCUGGUUUGGAAUACACGUCUUGGCUACGAGCAUGCUGGUUUGGAAUUUUGGCUUAGCUCUAUAUCUUGUCAUGCCCCAGAAGCUCCGAUUUUUGUUGUUGGUACACAUUGUGAUAAAGUUGAAAAAAGUGAAAUACCAAAAGGUCGCCUCCAAAAGUUUUAUCCGCAGAUCCAAGGCUUUUUUACAGUUAGCUCAGCAACUGGCCAAGGCAUCCAAAAACUUUAUGGCGAUUUAAUCGCUGUUACGUUGAAGCAAAAGUACAUGGGUGAAAAAAUUCCAAACAUUUGGUUGGAGUAUGAGAACUCUAUUAUAAGCUGCCGUAAUAGGAGUAGUGUCCUAUCGUGGAAGGAGAUAACAGAAAUUGCUUGCAACCAUGGAAUUUUCCAAGAUGAUGAAAUUCGCGAAGCUGUCAAGUUACUAACAGAUCUUGGAUCAAUCCAACAUUUCGAUACGGAAAUGUUAAGAGAGGUAGUUGUAAUCAAUCCUCAGUGGAUUGUAGAUGUUAUGGCUUGCGUUGUAUCGGUCCACGAUAGCCCUAUAAAGAAUGGUCGAUUUCAUCAUAGUGACAUGCAAAAGAUUUGGUCAAAAUAUAAUUCCAACUUACAUAAAUGGUUAUUGGGCCUGACUGAACAAUUCGAUCUAAGCUUCUCACUACCUAAUAAAAGCACUAAUUUAGUUCCAUGCUUGUUAAACGAUGAUGACGAAGAAACUGAUGAUUUAGAUAAAGAAACCUUAGAAAUGGACGGUAUGAAGGAAACUAAAAUGGUUUAUACUUUUCAGUAUCUGCCAGCAGGUUUAUUUAAUCGACUGCAGGUUCGGCUAUGUGAAUUUACUGAAGACCAAACUAUUAGCAAGCGAGGAUCCAAAUUAAAGAAGAAUGGAAAUUUUGCCGUCUUAAAACAAUCAGAAAAUAACUUAAUAGACCUUAACGUCAAUGGUUUACGACCUGAAAAUAUGCUGUAUCUAGUCAAUGAGGUUUUGGAAUCGUUAACUGCAGACGCUUUUCAUGGCGUUCAUUUUUACUAUUUGGUACCUUGCCCUCACUGUUUACAAAAUGGAUCUCGCGAUCCAUCCAUGUUUUCUUCUAAGCGAAUACGUAGGGCAAGAGAAGUCAAGGCGAUAUUUCUGCAAUGCGAUGCCAAUUUCCAUACAGUUUCCAUUUCAGAGUUAGAAAGAAUCUUACCACCAACAUCCAGUGAUGAAUUCGACGUUCACUUACAAAAUGCAAUGCAAGGCUUGGAUGCUUUAAGCGAUAGUAUUAUGACAGACGUAUACGUAAGUUACUGCGAAGAUGAUUUACCUGCAGAAGAAAAUUCUAAUGAAACAUUACAUGUCAAGAGACUGAUGAAAUCACUAGAGGGUGAAGGCUAUAAAUGCGAUGCUAGAGAUUAUCGAGAAAACUAUAGCCUAGAAAAUAUAGCUGUUGGAAUGAAACAGUCACGAGCUAUUAUAAUUAUGUUGUCUGAUAAUUAUGAACGUAAUGAACAGUGCCGAUCUGAAUUCUCUCAUGCUUAUGAACUGUUAAAAAAACCAAUCAUUUUAGCGGUUAUUGGUAAAACUAAUAAUUGGACAAAAACAAAUCUUGGCUUUCUUGUAUCUAGUAUGUUAUAUAUAGAUUUUUCCAAUAUGCAAUUAUACAAUGAGAAACUAGAUGAAAUUAUUGAUCAAGUAGAAAAAAAGACCCAUAAGAAAGUGCAACAUUUGCAGCAGACGGAUUGCUUUAUUAGUUACUGCUGGAAAAAUUCAGCCAAUGCUUGCGAAUUAGGAAUUCAGCAGGUGGAUGGUGCAAUUGGAAAAGUUGAUCCUAGAGACUUGAAGGAUCAACUGAAAGCAAAGGGAAUAACUUGUUGGAUGGACAUAGAACAGCUAGGAAAGGCGGGUUUAUUUGAAGAAAUUUCCAUUGGUCUACGGAAAUCAAAAUUGUUUGUAGCUUGUGUUUCCGAUGAGUACGUGAAAUCCAAUAAUUGCAUAAUGGAAUUUCGGUUUGCUGUGACUACAUUACGACUACCAACCGUUUUAGCCAUUAUAGGAACAGGCAUCAAAUGGCAGUAUUCAGAAGUUGGAAUGUUGGCAGCUAAUUUGCCCAUGUUCAAUUUGCAAGGAAAUGAUUCAGAAAUGUCGUCCGAAAAACUUCUAUCAUUCAUAGUGGAGAAAAUUUCUACUUUAAUCAAGCCCGAAGACAAUCUAUUGACAACAGCCCCUAAUAUUGGAAAGGAAAGGAAAUUACAGGACCGAUCAGCCCAAUUUCAGGGAUCAGCAAAUUUGGAAUCCUCUAGAGAGUAUUACAUAAAAGUAUUAUGUGAGCAUGAAGAGGGUUGGCAUUGUCCAGAAAGUGGAGGCACAUUUCCCAUCCCAGGUGGUUCAUCACAAAUGAAAUUGUUGGUAAAAAAUACAGCAAAACAUUUACUUCGAGUUAUGUCUAUCAUGAAGCACAACAAUACAGGAUUUAAUUCACUUAAUCAAUCGAAUGAAGAUGAAUUUUUUGAUUAUGUAGCAUCGGCUGCUAAAUCAAGUGAUCUUAAUAUCGGACUUAAUUUUACAUCUUUCAUAUCAUUUAUGGAUGAAUUAAAAAUUGAAAAUAUCGGAUUAUCAAGGACUCAUCUUCCGAAUGGUAAAGUGUUAUGGUUAUGCGACAAGCAUAAAGCUGCUAAACAUUUUACUUUAGAUCAUCUAGGUAGUGACUCAUCGAAUCAACAAGCCAAGCAGAUUAAUCAUGUCGCUGAUGUUCAACAACCAAGUGUUACAUUGGCAAAGCCAAGGACUAAAUUUGCAGCAGCUGCAGUUACUGUAGCGGCAUCCCAGGGAUUAUCCAAGAGUUCAAAGUCUAGCGUUUGCUCUGUUAUGUAA